CUUCUUGCUAAGGCAAAAACCAUGAAGCUAGCAACGUAAACCAUAACAUAUCAAGAAUCAUUUAAACAUUAAAUUGAUUUUGCUAGUGGUUUUUAGGACCCCCCCUCCUAAGCAAUAAAUAAUAUGCCCCCUAAAAAGCGUGAAAAGGAUGUUGAUUCAUCUAAAAAUCCAAGAAUGGACCAUAUACAAGCCGAUCACGAAUUAUUCUUACAAGCAUUUGAAAAGCCAACACAAAUUUACAGAUAUCUCCGAACAAGAAAUAUGUGCUCGCCGAUCUUCCUCAAUCGUUCACUAUCUUACAUGAAAGAUCGCAUGUCCAGAUCGAACAAGUCGCGCGUAAAUUUCAAAAUUGACAGUCUUUUGGAGCGAAUUACGCAACGUCAAAAAGAUUCGCCCUCAUUGAACACACCCGGCUUCAUGAAUAUCACAUUCUUGGGAUUUUACGAUAAAGCUUUAGACUCGAACGCGUGCGUAGCUCAAGUAGAAACAUUUUUAGUCAAAAUUAGUCAUAAGAAACGCAAGGACAGCUCGGCGCCUACGAUGCAGGUGUCGGUGGGUACGGCGGAGGUUGUUAUUAAUCCGGCUGAUAACAACCUACCGCCACUUGCACCUUCGAUAAGCGUUUCAACGGAAUCUUUCAGCUUGCCGGGGGGGCCACUAGCGAGAUCUUACAUUUUAUUACGGGUACGCUGUUUUCCCACAAACGCGGAGAACGACGAGGAGUCGCCUAUAAAAAGGCGCAAGUCGAUUGGUGCCAAUUUGAAUUUGCGCGUCUUCGAGGAGUCCAAAUUGUAUGGUUCUGAGCUGGUCGUUUAUGAUAAGCAUAAUCGGUGCCUGCUGACCGAUGGUGAUUACGAGGUUUUCUUGCAAGAAGUGACUACAGCGACCAAAAAUUCACCUAAGAAACAUUCUAGUUGGGAGAAUGUUUCUGAUUUUGGUGACAAUUGUACCAAUUUCGAUUCCCAAAUUAAAGGCCCAAGUGUGAAAUUUAAAUUGAAUUGGUCCGAGGAGGCGUGCAGUCGGUUUGUUGAUUGUCCUCGGCCGUAUCCGAUUGGGGAAAAUAAGGAGAAUGUACCCGUUGUUAACAGUAACGCUCAGGAGAAGCUGCAGAUUGUUUAUCAAUUUGUUUAUAACAAUAAUUCGCGUCAACAAACGGAAGCCUGUGAGGAUUUACACUGCCCUUGGUGCAGCUUAAACUGUUCCACCCUAUAUACACUUUUAAAGCACUUGAAAUUGUGCCAUUCGCGUUUUACCUUCACCUACGUACCAAUUUCGUUCGGGGCUCGCAUUGAUGUGGCAAUUAACGAGCUGUACGAUGGCUCUUACACCGGCUCACCUCACGAUCUCAUAUCUCAACCGACCAUGUGCGCAUUUUCGAGAAACGGCCCAGUACGACGAGCUACGGUCACGCACAUUCUCGUUUGUCACCCGAAGCGACCCAAGCCGAGCCUCUCUGAGUUUCUGGAGCUGGAUGAUUGCGACUACGACGGACAAAGACCCUUCAUAACCGGACAUAAUCGACUGUACCACCACACCACGACUUGUUUGCCUAUUUAUCCCAAGGAGAUGGAUGUCGAUUCGGAGGGGGAAAACGAUCCCGAGUGGCUGCAGGCUAAGACAAUGAUGAUGAUAGACGAAUUUACGGACGUAAACGAGGGAGAAAAGGAGCUGAUGAAGAUGUGGAAUCUGCACGUGAUGAAAUACGGAUUCGUCGGCGAUUGCCAAAUUCCGCUCGCGUGCGCCAUGUUCGUGCAGCACAAGGGCAAAGAGCUGCUGCUGAAAAAUCUGUAUCGGAAUUUCGUCGUGCACAUGUGCAGCCUGUUCGAUUUCGGUCUAGUCAGCGCCGUAUGUCUGUACCAGACGAUCCAGAAGUUGCAGGAGAUGGUCAGCAAAACUUGUGCAAUACGAAACGUGCUGAGGGAAUCGCGGGAGGCGCAGAUAGACAAUUGGACGAAGAACUUGGCGAAUCCACCGGCGGAAAAGUUGGAGAACGUCAACAAGACGCCGAUCGGAUUGCGUAAAACGACCGCGGUUGGAAUACGAAGGAAGGGCACGCCGACGCCGGCCGAGGGACCGCUUCGCCGCAAGUCGACUGGCGGUGAAAGCAGUAGGAAACGGCUCUCGUUAUCUUUAAAUAAAUCCGAGCAUAAAUCUGUUAGCUAGUUUUAAUUAUUCGUAAUAUCAUGUGAGGUUAAGUCUGCCUGGGUUGGGUUGUGGAGCUUGGACGGUACAAAAAUUUUCUCGUCAGUUACCUUACCUUGCCAACUCACUCCAAAAUUUGUCUGAAGUAUGCUAAACCUAUUUAGGGGGCGAAAGGUAGGGUGACUUACGGCUCAAUUUUCCUGCUGGAAGAGCUAUAGACAAAGCAGUUGCUUCAUUCAUAUUCUUCAGAUACACACGGUGAUGUGAGUAUUAAAGUAACAAAAGUGAACCUUUACCUUUUGUAUUUAUUAGCUUUGAAAAACGCCAGCGUACAUUUGACCCGAACACAAUCUACUGACUGUUUCUUACAACAGUGAAGUUAGUGCUUUGUAGUUGGAGAUAUUGUUUUUUUGUGGUAUUGUGAUGAAAAUUUCCUUACACAAAUCAACAUUCUAUAUAGCAUUGGUAUUUCCAAAAUUUCCAUAGUAGGUAGUAUUUUUCUCCAUACAUAUAUAGUGGGUUGGGUUGGUAGAGCAGCCCAUGGCUGAAACCCCGCCCGCUUAAAAAAUAAAGUCCAAAAUAGAAUAUUAAAAAAUGUGUAUAAGUUUUUAGUUCAAAUGGCGCUUCGUGCGGCAACAUUUUCGAGGGUCUCAAAAUUUUUUGUAGAUUCCUCUAAAGAAAUGCAGCUGUUAAUACUUUUGGUAUGUAGUUCAAAGACUUGUAUUCAAAAUGAAUUUUAAAAAAUGCUAAUUUAACUGUAGCCCCACAAUGUUACGUAAUUCCAUUUAAUUUUCAGAAUGCAGCCUUAUGAUUUUAGUUCAUCCAAAUUACUUUCAAUUUAUCAAUUGAACAUCCUGUAUAUUUUUGAAAUGUUAGUAUUGCCACAUACUAAUUGCUGGAUACACAUUCUCAAAGCAGUUGAGAACUUGUAUUUCUCACAUCUUUCGAGGUUGAAAGUCCUUUUGGUCGAAUGAAAUAUCUAAAUUUCAACAGGAAUAGUGUCAAAAAAGUACACACAUUAUCGAAAAAACAUACUAGCUUAACAGCAAAAAUGAAAAAUUCAAUACUUUAUUCAACAAAACUUCAAUCUCUUACACAACUAAAAUGUGACCGAGAUAUCUUGGAUGUAGAAGUCUCAAAAAUUGCAAUUUUUUAAUUUUGGAAUAAGCAAAUUAUGCAAUACUUACAUUUGAGAAUCUUGUGAAAUUGAAAUCUAAAUAAUUGUAAGGUGCAAAUCGCGAGUACAAUUUUUGAAACUUUAACUCUCUUUACCUCUCUUUUUUGAAAUUUCACCUGAAGUUAAUUUUUUUAAAUUUUUGAAUCUGCUGAAAUGGAGAAUUGUUUGGUGUUGGCAAAUUUGAAUAUUAUUAUAUUGAAGUUGUCAAUCUUAAAUGAGAUUUAUCUGUUCUACAGUUUUCGAAAUCCAUGGAUGUUUUAAAGAAUGCAAAAAUGCAAUGCUUUGAAGAAUACACAAUAGUUCUGGAUACACGAACCAGUCAAAAUUAAACUUUUUAUGAGCCAAAACAGACAAUCAACUAAGAAUGAAAAAGUAUUUUCAUCUGAAAAAUCGUUUGCAUAUACACAUGUGUGUGUUUGUGGAAGUUUUCAUCUCGAUACUACGACCGGGAAAGAAAAAAAACUUUGCAUGAUAUUAAAUGUGAUUGCUUUGUUUAUUGCAUUUAUUUUCCUUGAUUCUUUAGAGUAGUUUGAAAACACUAUUGUGUCAUGGGAGGGGGGGGGGGGGAGGGGGUUAGCUCAUUUUACUUGUAUAUAAUUCAUUUAUAUUUGACAUGUUUGUUUUAGCAAUUUUAGUUUGUACAGAUAACCACUCGGACGCUAAGAGCCGAUCCCUUAUUUAGUGAUUCACGGAAAAAUAUGCCAACAGCUACCAGAGCAGGAUCAAGUUAACACUAGUAUAAAGGCUCCAAAGAGAUCUUUUAUGUUAUGGUUUAUCUAUACCUAGACAUUCCAUACAUUGACACAUUGAAAUGUAAUGUGAAUUGUGAUUAUAGGAAAGCCAAUCUUAAAGUAUGUUAAUGAUAUUUAUUGACUGCCGAUAAUUAGGUGAAACAUUGUGACAAGUAGGUUUAGGUGGGUCCCGAUAGCGUAAUUUUACUACCUACCUAUUAUACAUCACUGCCAAACUUUUUGUAUGAAUGAUUAGCAUAAAAAUUGAUACACGUUAGUCUAGUCAUGAUUAAAUGGCGGAUCAUGUGUGAAAUCGAUAAUUACAUAUUUUGCUUCAGUUAGUGUUCGUGCCUUACUAGUCUCAUUUUCAUUUUUGUCAUUUUUGAAAAGUUGUACUGCCUGAAUGUAGGUAUCAUGUGAAGUUGUGGUGGUAACACUAACACGGCAAAUGAAGAACUGAUAAGAAAGGAUAUUGCGAACUCUAAUUUUAUUAGAAAAACGGGAGAGGCAUAGUAUAAUGUCCAAUUUUAUUCUCUGGUUUUUGAUUUUAUAAUUUUUUAUUUAUACUGUAUAGAUGUCAUUAAUUAGCGACUAUGUAAUUUGUGUUCAUUUUUCUGAAAUGUAUUGAUACACCGACUAUUGUGUGUAAAUAAACAUUUUUAUAUUUAUUGAAAAA